CAAUAAUAUUCGAGUUUCUUGAUUAUAUGUUUCUAAAUAGACAUGGAUAUUUUUUAUGUUUCCAAUCCAUAGCGUAAAUAAAUAUCUAACCAUAUAUAUAUUGAGAAUUGAGCGUUUGUACGUUUAUCCCCGUUCGACCUACUGACUGUGAGAAGGAGAAAUGGAGACAUCUGCUUCUUCCUCUUCUUUACGUGGCUCCAGGCUUCAUCAAAACAUCUUCAGACGCUCCCCACUGUCCUCCUCCAUGCCCUGCAAUUCUCGGCUUACCUUUCCUACGGCUCUCACGAUAAACCCUCUUCCCCCAAACCUUUAUUUCUCAACUAAACAUGCAAUUCUCAGAGUUGGACAAUCCCCAAGGUUACUGAAAGUAGGUGGUGGUAAUCCUUUGUUUGGGGUGAUCUCAAUGGGAAUGUUGGCUCCAAGAAAGUUUUUGAAGAAGAGGAAGAAAGUGGAACAUUUCAAAGAUGCAGCCGAUGAGGCUGAUCAGAAGAGCUGGAGGAGACUAAUGAAGGAGAUUGAGGACACGGGUUCUGCUUCGACAGUACUUAGACGCCAACGAACUAGCGACCAAUCUCUUCCUAGAGACUUGGUUUUAGGCACCUUGGUUAGAUUUAAGCAAAUGAGAAAAUGGCACUAUGUUAGUGAGAUUCUUGAGUGGCUUCGAGCUCAGAGUUGGUGGGACUUCAGUGAAAUGGAUUUCCUGAUGCUUAUAACAGCAUAUGGAAAGAAAGGGGAGUUCAACAAGGCUGAGAAAAUUUUAAGCUUUAUGAAUAAAAAGGGUUAUGUACCAAGUGUUGUAUCACAUACUGCUCUUAUGGAAGCAUAUGGAAGAGGAGGUCGAUAUAAUAAUGCUGAAGCCAUCUUUAGAAGGAUGCAGUCUGCGGGCCCUGAACCUUCUGCUGUGACUUAUCAAAUAAUACUUAAAAUACUAGUUGAGGUAGGAAACAAAUUUAAGGAAGCAGAAGAAGUUUUUGAGACACUUCUGGAUAAGGAAAAAUCUCCAUUGAAGCCAGACCAAAAAAUGUUCCACAUGAUGAUUUAUAUGUAUAAGAAGGCAGGGAGUUAUGAGAAGGCUCGUAAAAUCUUUGCACUCAUGGCUGAACGAGGAGUUAAGCAAUCCACGGUCACUUACAAUAGUCUUAUGACAUUUGAAACUAAUUACAAGGAAGUUUCAAAGAUCUAUGAUCAGAUGCAAAGAGCUGGUCUUCGGCCAGAUGUGGUGAGUUAUGCCUUGCUUAUUAAUGCUUAUGGCAAAGCUAGGAGAGAAGAGGAAGCUUUGGCUGUUUUUGAGGAGAUGCUGGAUGCUGGAAUCAGGCCUACCCAUAAAUCUUAUAAUAUUUUGCUUGAUGCAUUUGCAAUUUCGGGAAUGGUGGAGCAAGCUCGGACUGUUUUCAAAAGCAUGAGAAGAGAUAGAUACACCCCUGAUAUCUGCUCUUAUACAACUAUGUUAUCUGCUUAUGUCAAUGCGUCUGAUAUGGAAGGUGCUGAAAAUUUCUUCACUAGACUGAAACAAGAUGGCCUUCAACCCAAUAUUGUCACGUAUGGGACAUUGAUGAAAGGGUAUGCCAAGGUAAACAAUCUUGAAAAGAUGAUGGAGACUUAUGAACAAAUGCAAUUAAGUGGUAUCAAAGCAAAUCAAACCAUCUUCACGACUCUCAUGGAUGCAUUUGGGAAGAACAGGGAUUUCGGUAGUGCUGUUGUUUGGUUUAAAGAAAUGGAAUCUCAUGGUGUUCCACCUGACAGGAAAGCGAAAAACAUUCUCUUGUCCUUAGCAAAAACUGCAGAUGAACAAAAGGAGGCUAACCAACUUGUGGGAUGUAUGGAGACUAAGUUGAAUGGAUUUUCUAGGUUUCUUGAUGAAGAAGAUUAUGAUGAUAUAGAGGGGGAGACUGAAUCUUAUGAAAAAAUGGGUCAACUAUAGUUUUCAGUAGUGAUUGUUAUCAAGAAAAGCAAUAUGUACAUACUAGGCUACUCUUUGAUUUGUAAAGCCUGGAAUUUUGUGUUCUGGUUGGGUUCCUCGGCCACGAAAAUGUAUCACUGAGUUAAAAUCGGUAGAGUUUGGCUGGACCUGGGAGCAACAAUUUAUUAAUUAAAAUAUCACUGAGUACAAUUA